GACGAGACUAUACACACAACGAAAAAAUUGGUAAUGGAAGCUAUUAUCAUUGUCUCUUAACUUUUUUUGAUUAAAUUUUUUGGCUACGACAAAUUCAGUACUCUCCACAAGUAUAGUAUCUUUUUCGAGUACAAGUAGAUGCAUUCUCUUUAUAUAUAAGAGUGGGUGGAGAAGUGUAGAUCACAAGUGGAAAAUAAUGGACUACUCAUGGCUCAUCAUCAUCAUUACUACUCUCUGUAUCUCUUUCUUCCUCAGAAAAUCCAAUAACCAGAAGAACAACAAGAAACACCCCCCAGGUCCCGGACCGUUUGACUUUUCGGUCAUUGGCAGCUUACUAUGGGGUGUCACCAAUAUUGAACUCAUCCUCAGGGACCUUAAGGCUAAGUAUGGUCCUCUCUUCAACUUAAGAAUUGGAAUUAUAUCUCGUCCUUCGAUAUUUGUUGCUAGCCACUCGUUAGCCUACACAGCAUUAGUACAACAAGGUGUUGUUUUCUCGGACCGGCCAAAGGCUGCGCAGACCAAUGUAAUCAUUCACAGUAGCCGCAUAAACAUCUCCUCCGCCCCUUACGGCCCCUUAUGGCGUCUCCUCCGUCGAAACCUUACCUCUGCUAUCCUUCACCCUUCCCGCACCAAGUCCUUCUCUAAGGCCCGUUCUCGGGCACUGAGUGUCCUUGUUCAACAACUCCAUUAUCAUUCUGAUUCUGCCAAAGAAAAUGUGAUCAGGUUAAUUGAUCAUUUUCAAUAUGCCACUAUCUACCUUCUUGUCCUCAUGUGUUUUGGGGACAAGAUCGAUGAGACUCAAGUUAAACGGAUUAAAGAUGUGCAACGAAGAUGGAUUGUAAGUGUGGGGCGGUUCAUCAAUCUCAGCUUCUUGCCAAGAUGGCUUGAAAAGAUAAUUUUCAGAAGUCGCUGGAAAGAGCUCAUCCAACUGCAACUAGAGCAAGAGAGGAUCUUUAUACCUCUCAUCGAGGCUCGAAAGAAAGCAAAAAGUAGUAAUAAUUUGAAUCAUCAUGAGGAAGAAGAAGUGAUGGCUUAUGUGGAUACAUUGCUGAAUUUGGAAUUGCCAAAGGAAAAGAGGAAGAUUAAUCAUGGAGAGAUUGUUAGCCUCUGCAGUGAGUUCCUCACUGCUGGCACAGAUACUACGUCCACCUCAUUACAAUGGAUUAUGGCCAACUUGGUCAAAUACCCUUCUAUUCAGGAAAAACUAUACCAAGAAAUAUCUGAGGUAGUAGUGCACAGAGGGAAUCCGAAGCCAAAGGGAUCAGUCAUAGAUCAGGGGGUAGUAAAAGAGGAAGAUUUAGAGAAAAUGCCUUACCUAAAAGCAGUGAUCUUGGAAGGUCUAAGGCGGCACCCACCAGGUCACUUCCUGCAGCCCCACAUGGUGAGAGAGGAAGUGGAACUCAACGGUUAUGUCAUCCCUAAGGAUGCAACAGUCAAUUUCAUGAUUGCAGAAAUGGGUUGGGACCCAUAUGUUUGGGAGGAUCCCUUGGAUUUCAAACCAGAUAGGUUCUUAUUAGCGGAUGGUAGUGAUACAGAAGAGUUCGAUAUAACAGGGAGUAGAGAGAUCAAGAUGAUACCCUUUAGUGCAGGGAGAAGAAUAUGUCCAGCCUAUCGUUUGGCUAUGCUCCAUUUAGAGUACUUUGUGGCUAACUUGAUCUGGCAUUUUGAAUGGACGACUGCGGAUGGAGACAAUGUGGAUCUAUCUGAGAAGCUGGAAUUCACCGUUACAAUGAAGAAUCCAUUGUGUGCUCGCAUUCGUCCAAGAAUAAAUCAACUUGAAUUAUCUCCUAAUUCUUGUUAUGUAAUAUAGUGUGAGUUAUUAUGUUGUGUA